AUGAUUAGCGUUAGUCAGAGCGGAGUCGGCGUCGCAUCAUCCACUCUGGACUUUGGAUCUGAUCUGGGGUAUCUCUCUGAUCUCUCUGAUCAUCUCCUCUCCUCUCCUCCCUCCUCCCUCCUCCUCAUCCUGUUCAACCCAGGGGUAUUCGGGCCGGAGAACCAGAAUCGACCAGUGGCACCUCUGUACCUCCCCCGACUAGUCACAGUUUGCGUCAUACUGGCGCGCAGCAACCGCAGCUCCCACCCGGAACUUUCGCCUCAAUCCCCCCCAGGUCAUCGGCCAACCCACUUUUCUACCAUGAUUGCCGCCACAAAGCGCAAAGUCCUUGAUGGACUCAACAGGAGAUACAUCUACGGUCGCGUGGUAGGCCUUCCCUCCUCUCUCCCGGGGCUGUCAAGUUCUGCUCUGCUGUCAACUUUUACCCUGGAUAUACCCGCGCUCACCCGGUGUGCCCUUCUAUUCUAG